GGGUCAUGUUCGCGUACAGUUCGUUCGCGAUAUCGGCGUAUAAACGAAAUGCGAUUUUUAGAACGAAAAAUUCAUUAAUAUCGUCCUUUUAAUGUGUUCAGUCUCUUAAAAGAUAUUGUUCAGUGAUUAUCGCGAUGUAUAAUAAGUUUUAAUUUGCGUUUUCUCUAGAAAAGAAGGCGGGAUUAUCAAUGUAUUUGACAGAAGGCGAUUGAUGUGUGGAACGCACGUCGGGACUGGUGAUGCGGUGGCAAAAUGAGACCGGAAUGGCGAUGGAUAGUGGUCGUUUUAAACGUCGUCGGAGCCCUGUCUCCGGUUAUUAAGAUAGGGGCGUUAUUCACGGAGGACGAGCGCGGCGGAAGCGAGGAGCUGGCCUUCAAGUACUCCGUGUACAGGAUCAAUAAGGAGAGAAGCGUCCUGGCUAACAGCACCUUGGUAUACGACAUCCAAUACGCUCCGGCCAAGGAUACGUUUAAGACUUACAAACGAGCGUGUUCGCAAGUCAAGUCUGGCGCGGUGGCCUUAUUUAGCAGCGGAGGCGACCUUCUCGGUUCGACCCUGGACGCCAUCUGCAGGUCUCUGCACGCGCCCCACAUGCUGGUCGCCCCGCAAACACGACCUACGUUAAACAACGAAUCAUUUACGAUAAACCUGUAUCCGCCGAGGGGUUUGCUAAAUGAAGCCUUCGGAGACCUCAUUGGAUAUCUGAAUUGGACCAGAAUGGGGGUUCUAUACGAAGAUUUUGGUUACGGGGAUCUGAGUAUACUGGACAUCGCAAAAGACGGACGCGACAUGUAUGCGGUGCGCUGCGUUGACCCAAAGGACUACAGGAAGUCCCUGAUACAACUGAAGGCUCAAAGGAUAAAGAACGUUAUCGUGGACACUGAUCCCGCGAGGUUUCGGCAGCUGGCAAGAGCCAUCCUACAAUUGCAGAUGAACAGCGAAGAAUACCACUACAUAUUCACGUCCUUUGACAUGGAGCUCUUCGAUCUCGAAGACUUCUAUUACAACAGAGUGAACAUGAGCGGAUGGAGGCUGGUGGAUCGGGACUCAGAUAAAGUAAAGGACGCUCUACAGGUCAUGGAAAAGUUUCAUCCGAUCGGAGCCUCAAUACUAAGUGGAGGACACAUCAGGACAGCACCAGCACUGCUAUACGACGCCGUCCAGGUUCUAGCCUUGGCGAUGUCUUCCACGGAGCUGGUGCAAACGAAGAACGUCUCCUGCGACAAGGACAGUCCCUGGCCGCACGGAAGGGGCCUUCUGGAGAACAUCAACACGGUUCAAGCCCACGGCCUGACGGGACCGAUACAGCUCAAGGACGGUAUCCGGACCAACUUUAGCCUCCAGCUCAUGAGGUUAUCCGGAGGGGAAACGGGAGGGACAGUGCUGGCUGGUGAAUGGAGACCCGGCGAGGGUCUAGUGAUCACUGAUCCCGCGGCUUACAGACGGGACCCUCCUCCUAACGUCACGCUCACUGUGGUCACCGUUGAAGAAAAACCGUACGUGAUGGUUAAGGAAGGCUGGAACUUACAAGGGAACGCCCGCUUCGAAGGGUUCUGUAUCGAUCUCCUGGCGAGGGUGGCUGCCAGAGCUGGCUUUCACUACCGGCUUCGUCUGGUGCCGGACAAUAUGUACGGAGCUAGGGACCCGGAGACGGGCCAGUGGAACGGCAUCGUGAGGGAACUGAUGGACAGGAAAGCUGACAUUGCCGUUGCGUCCAUGACGAUAAACUAUGCGCGGGAGGCGGUCAUAGAUUUUACGAAGCCUUUCAUGAACCUCGGGAUCGGAAUACUUUUCAAGGUCCCGACUUCGCAGCCCACAAGACUCUUUAGCUUCCUGAACCCCCUCGCCAUCGAGAUAUGGCUGUACGUGCUGGCGGCUUACGUGCUGGUCUCCUUCACGCUCUUCGUUAUGGCUAGGUUCUCGCCGUACGAGUGGUCCACGACCACGCACGUGUGCGGUCACGAGACGAAACUCCUCACGAACCAGUUCAGCGUCUGCAACUCAUUCUGGUUCAUCACCGGCACGUUCCUGCGGCAGGGCUCCGGGCUUAACCCCAAGGCGACUUCUACGAGGAUAGUCGGUGGAAUAUGGUGGUUCUUCACGUUAAUAAUUCUGUCGUCGUACACGGCGAAUCUGGCCGCGUUCCUGACGGUCGACAAGACCGUCCUGCCGAUCCAGAGCGCUGCCGACCUGGCCGCCCAGAGCACCAUCCAGUACGGGACCCUAAACGGCGGCUCCACCAUGAGCUUCUUCAGGGAUUCAAAUAUCGACAUAUACAAGAGGAUGUGGCAACAGAUGUCCACAGCAUCCCCGCCCGCCCUGGUCUCCUCGUACGAGGAGGGCGUCAGGAAGGUCCUGACCGAGAACUACGCGUUCCUCAUGGAGUCCACGAUGCUGGACCACAGAGUACAGAGGGACUGUAAUCUGACGCAGAUCGGAGGCCUUUUAGAUUCCAAGGGCUACGGAAUAGCAACCUGGAAGGGCAGCCCGUGGCGCGACAAGAUAUCACUAGCGAUCCUCGAGCUCCAAGAGAAGGGCGUCAUCCAGAUCCUGUACGACAAGUGGUGGAAGAACACGGGGGACGUCUGCAACCGUGACGGGAAGGACAGCAAGGCCAAUCCGCUCGGUGUGCAGAACAUCGGGGGUGUCUUCGUUACUUUACUGUGUGGUCUGGCGCUUUCCAUAGUGGUGGCCAUACUGGAGUUCUGCUGGAACACCAGGAAGAACGCGUCCCAGGGGAGGCAGUCCCUCUGCAGCGAAAUGGGACAGGAGCUGCGCACGGCGAUGCGCGGACGCUCCUCCAGCCGGACCGUGCUGAGGCCGGGGUGCUCGCGAUGCUCCCCCAACACGCACGUGCCCCCGGCGCCCUCCAGAUACGAGAUCCAAGACGGAGGCAGUAGCUCGGUCGAGUUGAAGGAGCUUCGGUGGUCGUAGCACAAGUCGCGGCGGGGAGCCUCCUCGGCCCCCGCCACCCCCGCGCCCCGCCCGCCCCCACGCUGUACCCCCGCGCACCAUCCGACGGGCAGCUUGAGAAGGACAAUGUCCUACGUACUCAAAGAGCCGAGAGAAACGAAAAAGCACGUUCAAAUUGUUAUAUAGCCGUCUCUGUCUAAAUAAUUCGACUAGUCCUCUAUUUAGCGUUAGAUCCAGGAGCACGAGGUCCGGUAGCGAAAAGAAAAAUCAACCAAAAAUGACAGACGUCAAAUUUGACAGCCGUCAUUUAAAAAAGGGGCCUCGAGGCCUUCUUGGAAGUUUUUGGCAGGAACGUGAAAAGCGACGUUGUGUGUAUUAUUUUAUUUUGUCUAUUUAGUGUUUCUACAGGUUUAAAUGUGUAUAAAAGUAAGAGUGGUUUAUUAACUGUUUAGUAUCUGUGAAAUUGUACAAAUGUGGGAAAAUGAAACAAAGACGUCAAAACGAAGACGUUAAAAAAGUCCAAUGAAAAAGUCUCGAUAGAUAACCACCAUUUUACUGAGAUUAUAUUUCGUCUCUUAUCAUCUUAUUACACUUAAUUUCAUGCAAUAUUUCAUAUUAAUCAACUUGAUUUCAUUUCUCUUCGUAUUAUUUUUCAUUAAAAAUAGUACAGAAAAUAUGAAAGUAAGAAAAUAUGGAAGUACCUAGUAAGAGACGUUUUUCGCAAAAUCUACCACCGGAUCGGAAACGCGAUCCACUGAGAAGAUCCUGCGAGAAAUUCAGUGGGCUGUGUCUGUGGGUUAAUUUUCUCACCGAGCCCUUCGUCGCAAGCGACGGGCUUGACGAGAACGCUGAACGAUGCUUGUGGUAACUAAAAGCACCGUUAGUGGAUCGGGAGGAUCCGAAAUGACGUGCUUAGGGUGGCGUCGACUGUUUACUGUUUACCAUUCGGUCCGCAGGAUAAGGAAUUAAUAUUGGGCAACGGCUUCCUCACCCCUAUAAGGUUUCGCGGGAGGAUUAUGCGGUCUUAGAACACCAGGCUCGGAGGUCCAUCCUCUCUUUUUGCUAUCCAUCACCCGCCUGGUGUUGCUACUGGAGCCCACGGACAUAAACAACGUAAAUUACGCCAGCCAGAAACAAGAUUUCUAAGUGUCUGUUCUAUAGUUACCCCACCCUUCAAACUGGUAAGGGUUACUGCUUGGCAGAAAUAGGCAGGAUAGUGGUUCCUACCCGUGCGGACUUGCGGCGUGCGCUCGGCUAGUUAAGAAAACAUCGAAAUAUCUUCGAUCAUAGGUUGCUGAUCAAUCCUAAAUGGAUGCUUUGCAAAUAAAUGCUGUAUUGGGCAUGCCAUAAGAUACAUUUUCCCCUUUUCGGAUUCCAGAAUUGUACUCUUUACAUUCCAUGCUAGUUCAUAUUGCACUUUACUCUCAGACCUUACACAUUGACCUUUGUUCACCUCUGACAUCGUAUUGGCAUUAGUACACUAAUGAUCAUGUUAAUAAUAAAAGCUCUGUCCAUAUAUGUAUAUUCUAGUUGGUUUUUUAAAAGCUAUACUGCCGUUUCAUUCAUCUCACUGAAAAUACUUAAAUAAAAAAAAAAAACUGCCAUUUCGUAAAAUUGUUUACUCUGCAUUAUUUGAAAAGAAAAAUGGCCGACUUAAGCCUUUGACUGCCGUGUAGGUCACCGGUGCCCUACGCGGCGCACUGAAGUAAUUAUGUUGAUUUACCCUUUGUUAAACGAUAUGACAGUGUCAUCACCACAGUCGCAGCUAAUUAAAUAGAUAAUUAAUAAUACAUUAUUAAGGAUAACUUAGAAACAACCGGUCGGAUCUUUACAAAAUUAACAUAAAGGGACCACACUAGAUGCAAUGGCUUCCAAAUAACAAGAAUCAAGGUUUAUCACGAAAUCAGUUUAAUUAAAAAAAAAUACAAUUACGAAUUUAUUCCUUGCUUUAUUAUUUAAGUUUGAAGUAGUUUCUGAGCUAUCGUUAAUAAUACAUAUUAUAUUUUAAUUAACUUCGGCUACAUUGAUGGAGCUCCCGUUCUAUUUUAUAAAAGUCGGUAAACUUUAUUUUUCUUAAAAUUUCGUAUUAAACAAUUAUUUGUAUUAAUCGCUAUGUUCGUAAACUUUGUAGGCAAAAAGAAAUUAAAAAAAAAUCGGCGUUCCAAAUUUUGUACAAAAUGGCGCCUAAAAUAAUUUUGUUUGGCAAAUUGUACUAAUGCAACUACAUUACAUUGUCAACUGUCUGUUUAUUAAUAAUAUUAUAGUUUAUAUACAGUCUAGUCACGCGCGUAUAUUUUAUUAAUAAUAAUAUUAAAAAUAAUUAAGAUUUUUUACGAACAAAUAAUAAGUGUAAUAGUGAUAUUUAGAUUGUACGUAUUAAGUAAGAUGUUGUUUUGACUUCGAUUUUCUAGAGAGUGCCAAAAGUGAAUUUUAAGGUUAUGUGUAUGUACAUUUUGACAAAAUAAUUUUUAAAUUAACAAGUUCGGUCGCUUAUUGUGAGAUUUGCCGGCAGCAAUAUCUUUAGUUUGUUUUGAUUAUAUAAAAAUGUUUUCAUUUCCCACAAUUUGCGAUCGAACUAAGACUGAAUAAAUUGAGUUUUUAUCAACGAGAAAAAUCAAGUUGUUUAAAUAGUACGAAUUAUAAUAUGUAAUUUGGCAUGGAACCAUGUCCAGGUAACUUGGUUUGAUAUUUUUGUUCUAUAAUUUUGUGUCGACAAAGAGCGUAAGGGCGAAUUUACAUUACGAAAUUAGUGGCAUGAAAUUAAUUUCGUGACAUUAGUUUUACCAAUAGUUUCACGUGUAAUUUAAUAUUUUCGUAAUGCAUGCAUUAAUUUCAUACAUGCAAAUAAGUUUCGUGACCUGCGCGGUUUUUUGGUGAAAUUAGUGUCAUGCAACUAAUUUCAUAGUGUAAACGCGACGUGAAACUAAUGUCGCGAAAGGGCCUGCGCUGAGCGGAGUAUUGUUAUGUCGGACGCGCUUCAAGCCUUGAAAAUGGCAAACUAACGAUGGAGUACAGAAAAAAAAGUUAGAUCUUAUUAAUAAAUAUCAGCAAUAAGGGUGUCUCUGGGACCCGAAACACAUACAGUAAAAAAAUAAAAUUAUCUUCACUCAUUCGAAAACAAUUUUUAUAACUAACUUCAUUGCACCUAAGUGCCUUCUUGUUAACCAUCCUCGAAUCUACCAACGUCUUUUUUUUUUCUUGAUAGUCUUUUUUAAGUUUAUAUAUAAGCAUUUCUUUAGAUACAUUGAAUAUAGCAAAAUAUAGCUUUGAUGCCGAUGGUUUUUUUUUUUUUUUUCCUACCUAUGCUGAUAGCCUUGAGAGGCUAUUUCAGCUUCACCCUAACGUUAGUAGGUGAGCUCGCGGGGCUCAACCGGAGAGUUGCUAACACUGACCCUAGCAAGAGCAGUGCUUCGCUGAAUCUACCACCGGAUCGGAAACGCGACCCACUGAGAAGAUCCGGCGAGAAACUCAGUGGGCUGUGUCUAUGGGUUAGUUCGCUCGUCGAGCCCUUCGUCGCAAGCGACGGGUUCGACGAGGACGGUGACCGGUGCUUGUGGUGCCUAAAAGCACCGUUAAUGGAUCAGGAGGAUCCGUAAUGACGUGCUUUGGGCGACGUCGACGGUUUACCAUUCGGUCUACUGGGUCGGGUAUGUAAUUUGACCGAUGGUGCCAUGGUUACUGCGAUACUGUGGAUUUCGCGACACUAAUUUUUUUACGAAAUUACUUUCGCAUAUAUCGACGCUACUUUCGUGAAACUGAGUUCAACAUGCAUAACACUAAUUUCGUAAUGUAAAUUCCGCACAUUAUGGCUAAGUAUUUGGUUUACGCGACAUUUUUCAACUUUACAGGAUAAAAUUUGAGAAAAGUAUCAUGACAAAAAACUUCUUCGGCUAUUUGAAUGGGGAAACUUAAUUGAAGUUCAAAUAAAAACAUCGAAUUGUUGAUGCUAAUGUAUCUAUACUUAGUCUGGCCAUAAAUACUGUUACAAAGGAAAACAAAAAAAAAACUAUGGCAAAUAACAUUUGUUACACUGUAAAGUGUGCUAGUUUAAUACAUAAAUAUUAAACAAUUUAAAUUAUAAAAAGCUUAUUCGAAGUGGUCUCCAUUGGCUGUAAUACAGUCCUUUAAACGUUGAGGCCAGUUAUCAAUAGAAGUACGCACUCUUUCCACGGGAAAAUUUUUCACUGCCAAUCGUACGAAUUGUUUUAGGGACUCCAAAUUAUCAUGGCGUUAAGAGCAAGCCGUACUCUCUAAAACUGACCAUAAAUCAUAAUCCAGCGGAUUAAGAUCGGGUCUUUAGCUCUGAUGAAGUCCGAAACGUUCGUUUCCAACCAAGACUGCGUAGACCGAGCUUUGUGACCUGGCGCCGAGUCUUGCUGUGAGGACCAUUCUUGAUUAUUGAACAUGGUGUUGUUAAGGGGCUUCACUACCUUCUCAAGAAUGGUAUCUUGAUACACUUGUGCCGAUGUUUUGAUGGUACCUUUUUCACAAAAGUAUGGCUCAGUCACUCCUUCAUAGCUAAUACCCCACCAAACCAUCACUGAAGUCGGGUAGUGCCCACGUUGCACUCUGUCGACUAAUUGGGAAGCUUCCUUAGAGCUUUGAACAUAAAUACGGUCAUUUUGUUUGUUAAAAUGUUGCUCAAUUGUAAAAAUUUUCACAUCCGUAAACAAAAUUUUUCUAUGACCUCCCUUUGCGUACCGCUUCAGUAGUUGUCUCGAUUUUACCACCCUAUUCUUUUUUUAAUUAUCAGUUAAAAAAUUACCAGUACAUCUUUUAUAGGCUGCAAGUCCUAAGCCAUCUUUUAAAAUACGCAACAUGGUUCUAGGUGCUAUCUUCAUCUCCCGAGAUAAAAUCUUUUGCUUUCGGACAGGAUUUCCUCGAAUUCUUUCCCUUACUGCUUUGACCACCUUUUUCGUACGAACACUACGUGGACGACCAGAUCUUUUUCUGUCACAAACAGAGGAGGUCUCAUUGCACCUAUUAAUAGCCCGGUACACAAACAUUUUACUAAUACCAAGCGUAUGGAGAGUUUUCAAAAUUGCAUUUGGCUCCAUACCUACUUUGUGUAAUGCAAUCACAGCGAUUCGGUUCUCUUGUAUCACCCUACUCCAUUUUAAUAUCGCAAAAUAUUGUACAAUGUAUUGGCGCCAAAAUGAGGAAACUCAAUGAGCAAUCAUAUAAAAAUGACAGAUUCCAAAUUCAAAUGUAAUAUUUUGUUUAUUUUUAAUUGUAACAGUAUUUAUGACCAGACUAAGUAUAUAAAUGAAUUAUUGUUCGAUAGUCUCGCUAAAACUCGAGAACGUUUGGCUAAUUUUGGUCUUGAAUUAUUUGUCGAAGUCCAGAGAAGGUUUAAAAGUAAAUAAAUAUGAAAAUGCUCGGAAUUAAAUAAAAAUAACAAUUUUGUUUUUCCUUUUAUGUGUCCCCCGUCGGACGGAUUCCUUUAGUUUGUUUUAAGUUUAUUUUAUACAAAAGUUCAGGUCUUUUAUUUAUCGAUUGAGGCACUACGAAGUCUGUCGGGUCAGCUAGUACUAAAUAAAACGUAACUUUAUUUGAAUAUACAAUUUCGAAAAGGGCACAUCUCUGAAAAUGUAAAAUGUUCAGGAAAUGAAAAAAACUGGUUAUUUUCUAAAGCAGUGUAAAAUUUAAACUAUUAAUUUUUGAGAUAUAUUUUAGUGUUAAUUAGCAAUUGAAAAUUACUGGAAAUAUUAUAAAAUGGGUGUAGGUAAGCCUCAAAACUACAUGUGUAUGAAAAAACGUAUUUGACAAAAAAUAUGCGAAAUGUGCCCCUUUCGAAAUUGCAUAUUCAAUUACAAAGAUAAAUGUCGCGUGUUAAGCUAAAUGUCGCUAAACCAAAUAACCUUUCGCCCCUCAAUGUCUCAUCAUUCAAAGUCGAUUGCAACGGCUCCCAAACUUUCGACUCUUGAUUUUUUUUUUUUUUUUUUUGUCUUUUGUUCAAUAAUGUUGAUAAUAUGUAAAAUUGUAUUUUAUUAAAAACUUAUAUUGACUGUUGUUUCAUUCGAAUCGUUACGCGUUGUUAUGUUUGAUUGAUUGUUGUUAAACCUCCGAAUUUGGAAGGAGAACUUCUCGGAGGAUGUGCAAUUUAUUGGUGGUGGGACCUCUUGUGAGUCCACGCGGGUAGGUGCCACCACCCUGCCUAUUUCUGCUGUGAAGCAGUAAUGCGUUUCGGUUUGAAGGGCGGGGCAGCCGUUGUAACUAUACCGAGAUGGGUGGCGCAUUUACCUUGUAGAUGUCUAUGGGCUCGUCCACCCAUAUAAGCAAUAAAAUAAACAUUUAACUUUUAAAUCGGUAUCCGGCAUUUAAAACUGCAUUGAAGUUACACUGUUAUGAAGGUACACCGUAAUUUGUGCAUAUAGUAUCGGUAACCUUCCUAUAUAACACGGUAUUUUACAACACGAUUCCACUAUUACACGAAAAUAUAAAAUCCUCAAAAUCCACUUAUAUAACACGGUACUUCUACAACGCGAUAACGAGAUUUUUGUUUUAAAUUAUUUAGAACAUUACAUUAUUCACUAUGAACAGGCAAUAUAUGGGAAUAACUGAAAUUUUACUGCCUAUUUUUUAUUUUUAAUGAGAAAAAAAAACAUACAAGUCAAGAUGUUUCGUUCAGAAAAAUUACUCUCACUUUUGUACUAGCUUCUAGUCCUAUAAACCACGGUUUUGCACAACACGUGCCUUUGCAGGAACGUAUCUACCGCGUUAUAGGUGGGUUACCUUUGUGCUUAGUGCGAGUUUUUUAACGUUCGUUCUCGAUAGCGUAAUAUUUAAUAUUGUAUGCAGUUGGAACAGCGCCCCUAGCGGCAAACGUAGGUAAACAUUCCAACUCAAUACAAAUUUGAGUUAACUUUUACGCUAUCGAGAACGUUAAAAAAUUCGCAUUAAGCACACUGUAUAAUGUUUCUAAGACCAUCGCAGUAUUUUGUCUCUGUCUAUCUAGCCUGUCAUCGAAAGAGACAUCUGCGUUCGUCUCCGAUAGUACACCAAUUUGUCGGGAUAUUUUCUUUUAUGUGUGUUUGUAUAAAAAGUAUUAUUUAUAAAUUUUUUCUUAAUAAAAAUGAGCGAAUUUUGAGAA